AUGGCCCGAUGUCAUCAACAUCGACAACUAUCAUUUACUCGACGGCAGCAAGGAGCCAGCCAGCCAGCCAGCCAGACCUGCCGUGCCGUGCCGUGCCAGGCCGUCCGCUCUCGUGCCAAUCAAUCCCAGAUUUUUUUCCAUCGUCGCAUGGCCCGCUUGCCGCUGCGCUUGGCGUGCUCGCUCGAGCCCUUGGCCUCUGGCUGCAAUGCACUCUUCAUCCGCUGCUGCUCAAGACCUAAGCUCUCUGUGUUUACUCUUAUGCCUAGCUUACCCUCGUCCCGUCCCGGCCCCCUAGCACCACGACGACGACCCGCACGACCUAAAAAGCUUCCGCCCUCGCCCUCGCCCUCGCGGGCAGCUCCAGCUGCCCGCCACGCGCGGGGUGCGCACCCCUGCAGUCCCGCCGCUCGCCUCGCAUGUCAUCACCCGAAAAUCUCCUCCCCCCUGCCCAAUCGCAAACGCCCUCCCCUUUCUCUGACCUCCGCCUGCGCUAUCCGCGCUCCCUCAUCUGGGGCCCUGCCCCCUUGCCCUAGCUCGGGCCCUGCCCUGCCCUGCCUUCGUUCUUCGACCUGA